UUCAUUUUGAAUGUGAUUUAUUGCUCGUCUCUUUCUAGUCGUUAGAAAUUGAAGAUGCAUUGCAGGAAGAAGUCUGGACCGAUUCCAGCAGGUUAAUGAUCUGACUGUGGGAAACAGAGCUGGGUCAAAGGUGGUCCAGGUCCUGCAGGUCUGAAGAGUUUCUCUCCACUUCCUGCUGCAGGCUGCACACUGCCUCUGCUCUCUGAAUGAUUAACUCGUCUGCAGACCGGAGCAGAACUGAGACUGAGGACAAACAGAACUAGAACAGGUCUGGUUUCAGCUGCAGAGUCUCAGUCAGGUGCUGAUGGUUCUGGACUCAACAUGGACCCGCUGCCCGCUCUGCUGMCCUCCCUGAAGAAGACGAGUCCUGAAAGUGUGGAUCAGGAGGGUCCUCGGGGGUCUGCAGCUACCUGGCCUCUCAGGGGCCCCUCAGCUCCACUCUGGUGGACUUCUGGAGGAUGAUCUGGCAACACAACAUCAAGGUGAUAGUCAUGGCCUGCAGGGAGAUUGAGAUGGGAAAGCGCCGGCUGUGGGAGGACAGGAGUCAUCUGUGCUCUCGACUACAUCCAUGACCUUCUGGUGACCAAGAAGAUCCCCAAAGACUUCAGCAUCCAAAAGAUUGUCCUGGAGCUCCGGAGACAGAGACCCUCAGCAGUCCAGACCAAGGACCAGUACCUGUUCAUUUUCACGGCUGUGACCCGGAUGCUGGAGCGGUUCCUGCAGGUGGACCAGCAGCUCUACUGUAACCAGCAGGUGCAGAAACCCGAGAAGAGAACCUCAGCUUCCUCCAUCAACAGAUCGUCACAGAACUCGGACAUGAAUGAAACCUACGCUGUUGUCAACAAACCCAGAAAGACCCAACCUCUCCCAUCAGAACCCACCUACACUGCAGUGGCCACGCCCAGCAGUGGCUGCAGCAUGCCCUCCUCUUCUCAUCACUAUGACAACGACUGCACCGUCCCUGCAGCUCCCAUCUACAGCACCGUCAAACCCAGAACCAGACCCCUGACCCUGCAACACCCAAACACCCCCAUCUAUGACAUCACAUCACCAACCAACCUGAGCAUGGGCUCAGACUAUCACCUGGUGUCAG